AUGUGGGCCGCGGCUCUUCUCCUCCUCUUCCUCCUGCUGCUGCUGCUGCUGCCGCCGCUGCGGCGGCGCGGGGCGGCCGCGGCGGCGCUGGAGCCGGCCGGCCGGGCCGUGCUCAUCACGGGCUGCGACAGCGGCUUCGGGCACCUCCUGGCGCUCCGCCUCCACCGCCUCGGCUUCACCGUCUUCGCCGGCUGCCUCUGCCCCGGCGGCGAGGGGGCGCGGCGGCUGGAGCGGGAGGCCGCCGGCGCCGGCCGCCUGCGCGUCCUGCGGCUCGAUGUCACCCGCGCGCGGGACGUGCUGGCCGCCAAGGAGCUGGUGCUGCGCAACCUGCCCGAGCACGGUUUCUGGGGGCUUGUGAACAAUGCAGGAAUAUCAACAUUUGGCGAAACAGGGUGGCUGUCUAUGGAGAAAUAUGAAAAAUUUGCAGAUGUGAAUCUCCUUGGAAGCAUCAGAACAACCCUGGCCUUUCUUCCUCUUCUAAGGAAAUACAAGGGACGCAUUGUUUUUAUGUCCAGCAUUAUUGCCUAUUUUACUCUGGGAAAUGGCAUUUAUUCCAUGACCAAGGCAGCUAUUGAAAAAUUCUGUGAUGCUCUAAGACUGGAAAUGAAGAAGUUUGAUGUUCUGGUCUGUAUUAUUCAGCCAGGAAAUUAUGCACGUUCUACAAAAAUUCAACCACCAGUCAGUGCAGAAGAGAUUUGGAGUGAACUCAGUGAAGAGGAAAAGGAAGUUUACAAUAAAGAAUAUGUCCAAGAGCGGGCAAACUUUUUCAACAACAUUCUCAAUGAAGGAAGUACUAAUGGCAAUGAAGUUGUAGAUGCUAUGGUACAUGCUUUAACAUCUCCUGCACCCAAGGCACGUUAUAUGGUUGCAAGGCUAAAGGAAAAACUACUGGUGUUUGUAUGUGCUUUGUUUCCUACUGUUGUGAUGGAUUCCGUUUUAUCUUAUGCACUGAGUAACGUAAAACUCACAUAG